GCUGCAAUACGGUAAAAACGCCGGAGUGGGUAAAUAAAGCGGUCUCCAGGUACUUUUAGGAAAGUGAUUGAUUGUCAGGAUGGAGCAGACAGAAGAGUGGAAGAUUCAGGCUUUAAACCCAGAAACACAGCAGAUGCUCAAAACAGCAAUGGCAGACCCCGGUGCAGUAGACUUGGUGAAGCUGUGUGAUUUGAUAAUGGACCAGGCUCUGAAGGACUCGUCCCUGUGCAGAGACAUAGGACACGUCUGCUGUACUUUAGUGCAGGUGGAGGCGAAGCGGAGCAGCACGAAUGUGUUCAGGAGCAACAUGCUGACUCGGCUGCAGCAGGAGUUUAUGAGGCGAGAGGAGACGCGGCGGCAGUCGCUGCACAAGUGGGUGGGUGUCGUCUCACUCCUCUGUAACGUCUUCGACAGUCUGAAGGUGAAUAACAGUCCGAUGGCUGCGCUGGUGGAUCCGGUGUAUGAUUGUUUGUUCAGAUUGGCUCAGCCUGAUGCGCUCGUUAAUGAAGUGGAGGUGGACUGCUUGGCUCUGCAGCUCCACCGUGUUGGCGAACAGCUGGAGAAGCUGAACACCAGGAGGAUGGACGAGCUCUUCUUCCUGCUGCGAGAUGGUUUCCUCCUGCAGGACGAACUGAGCUCCAUGAGCCGCCUGCUGCUGUUGGAGCUGCUCGAGUACCGCGCAGCUGGCUGGAACCUGAGCAAAAACGCUCAACUCUACUACUACAGCGAGGUGGUGGAGUGAGGAAGAUGAGGAGCUUGGCUCUGAACGUGAUCUAGCUUCAGGAGUAGAAGAUCAGGACUGAGGAAGGAGGAGGAGUUCCAGGGAUUCACCCUGCUGUCUGGACUGGAUGGAGAUGUGAUGAUGUGUGUGUGUGAGUGUUUAGGUGGUGUUUAGAGAUGAACACAGUUGUGACUGGUUGUGGUUCAGGUUUAGAGGAUUGUGCCAGUGAUGUGGAUCUGCUGAGAAAGACACGUUAAUCAUCUUUUUCUGAGUUGCAUCCUCGAGGUAGACAGUGUUUGCACUUCUCACUGUUGGAUAGUUAUUGAUUUCCGUUAAAACUUUAUAAUAAAGUGAUUUUUAAAAACGUUUGUUUAUACUGUGAUACACUGAUCAUCACCAGCACUGACAAACUGACUGACACAUUUCACUCAGAUUCAACGUGAAACUGCUGGUUUGUUUAAUAAACGGUUUUAACAACA